AACUCAGUCAGCAUUUGUAGUUAAAGCUAACUAAAUGAAGCGAAUAAGUGAAGUCACUUUCUUUCUUGUGGCACUCGCGUUUGGUGGCGUGCAUGGCGAGUGCGAUAAGUGCAACACUAAUAAUCCUGUAGCUUGUCACAGCGAAACGGUCUAUUCACUCUGCAUUAAUGAUCAACCAACCAUGAAUUUCGUCACAUGCCCCACAGAUUAUAUAUGUACAAGCGAUGUGUAUGUUUGUUAUCCAAGCAAUUCGUCAGUCGCAAGUUGCACUAAUUCAACUAUCGACGAAUCAUCUCAAUGCGGCAUUUGCGCAUCCAGGAACAAUUUGUAUGCGUGCCUUAAUGAAACGACCAUUGCGUUCUGCUUUACAGAUGGUGUGCCACAUUAUGAGUCACUUUCGUAUUGUCCAGCGGGAACUGUCUGCGAUUUGAAUGCGGAAAGUGGAUUUUGUACAGCCGCGACAAAAGCUACGCCAAGUUGCAGACAAAGUCAAUGGACUACCCCGGAACCCACCACUACAACGACUUCUGCAUCUACUAGCGAUACGACUCCUGUAGCCACCACUACAACAACUCCGGUACCUAGUACUACAACAACUCCGAUACCUAGCACUACAACAACUUCUGUAUCCACCACUACAACAACUCCUGUACCUACCAGUACAACAACCCCAGUACCCUCCAGUACAACGACUGCUGCACCCACCACUACAACAACUUCUGUAUCCACUACUACAACGACCCCUGUACCCACCACUACAACGACUCCAGUAGCCACCACUACAACAACUCCUGUACCUACUACUACAACGACCCCUGCACCUACCACUACAGCAACAACUAUAUCCACUACCACAACAACUCCAGUACCCACCACUACAACAACACCUAUAUUCACUACCACAACAACUCCAGUACCCACCACUACAACGACCGCUGCAUCCACCACUACAACAACCCCUGCACCCGCCACUACAACGACCCCUGCACCUACCACUACAACAACUCCUGUAUCUACGACUACAACGACCCCUGCACCUACUACUACAACGACUCCUGCACCCACCACUACAACAACCCCUGCACCUACCACUACAACAACCCCUGCACCUACCACUACAACGACUCCCGCACCUACUACUACAACGACCCCUGCACCCACCACUACAACAACCCCUGCACCUACCACUACAACAACUCCAGUACCCACCACAACAACGACUCCAGUAGCCACCACUACAACAACUCCUGUACCCACCACUACAACAACUCCAGUACCCACAACUACAACGACCGCUGCACCCACCACUACAACAACCCCUGCACCCACCACUACAACGACCCCUGCACCCACCACUACAACAACCCCUGCACCCACUACUACAACGACCUCUGCACCCACCACUACAACAACCCCUGCACCUGCCACUACAACGACUCCCGCACCUACUACUACAACGACCCCUGCACCCACCACUACAACAACUACUGUUGCCACCACUACAACAACUCCGGCUACAACCACUGAACACGAUCUUACUCCUGCGGAAAUUUGCGAAAAUUAUGGCUCAUCGGGUACCAUUGCUUACCCUAGUGAUCUUACGUGUAAAAUGUCUAUUCAGUGUAGCGUAACCAAUAAUGUUUGGAGUGCAGUCGUGCAUACAUGUCCUACGAAUCAGUGGUUUGAUCCUACUUUAAAGUUUUGUACCACAACAUAUAGUUGCCCCACUCAGAGUACUUCAACAACGACAACCACUACAACGGCUACUGUAGCCACGACUACAACAACUCCUGUACCCACCACUACAACGACUCUUGCACCUACCACUACAACCACUACUGUACCCACCACUACAACAACUCUGGAAUCGACCACGACCACUGAACACGAUCUUACUCCUGCCGAAAUUUGCGAAAAUUACGGCGCAUCGGGUACCAUUGCAUAUCCUGAUGAUCUCACGUGUAAAAUGUCUAUUCAGUGUAGCGUAACCAAUAAUGUUUGGAGUGCAGUCGUGCAUACAUGUCCUACGAAUCAGUGGUUUGAUCCUACUUUAAAAUUUUGUACCACAACAUAUAGUUGUCCCACUCAGACAACUAUGGCAACGACAAUAACAACCACAACACCAGAUCCAACCACAACUACUUCGGCUCCACUUACUCUGGAGGAAAUAUGCCAAGACCACGGCACGGCAGAUACAAUUGCUGCACCCAAUGAUACGACGUGUACAAAAUACAUCGUCUGUUCGAAGCCUGGGGCUAGUUGGAUUGCUCAGGAGUAUACUUGUAAGGUUGCCUUUGAUCCGACUACAAAAAAAUGUAGCACUACAUAUGUCUGUCCAACGUAGAGGUAUCGGCGCACUUAAGAGCGCCUCUUGCAGAAAUUGAUUCACAUAAUAGAAAUUGUAAAAUAAGUUUUAUGAAAUUCUUACUUUCUG